GGCCUGGAGGAGACCAUGGACCGGUUCGUGUGGACCAGCGGCCUUCUGGAGAUCAACGAGACCCUGGUGAUCCAGCAGCGUGGGGUGCGCAUCUACGACGGCGAGGAGAAGAUAAAAUUUGAUGCUGGGACCCUCCUUCUUAGUACACAUCGACUAAUUUGGAGAGAUCAGAAAAAUCAUGAAUGCUGCAUGGCCAUUCCUCUUUCCCAAAUUGUGUUCAUUGAAGAACAGGCAGCUGGAAUUGGGAAAAGUGCUAAAAUAGUGGUUCACCUUCACCCAGCUCCUCCUAACAAAGAGCUUGGUCCAUUCCAGAAUAGUAAGAACUCCUACAUCAAACUGUCCUUCAAAGAACAUGGCCAGAUUGAGUUUUAUAGGCGUUUAUCAGAGGAAAUGACACAGAGAAGAUGGGAGAAUAUGCCAGUUUCCCAGUCAUUCCAAACAAAUAGAGGAUCCCAGCCAGGAAGAAUAAGGGCUGUUGGAAUAGUAGGUAUCGAAAGGAAACUGGAAGAAAAAAGAAAAGAAACUGACAAAAAUAUUUCUGAGGCCUUUGAAGACCUCAGCAAGCUAAUGGUCAAGGCUAAAGAAAUGGUGGAGUUAUCAAAAUCAAUUGCUAAUAAGAUUAAAGACAAGCAAGGUGACAUCACAGAAGAUGAGACCAUCAGGUUUAAAUCCUAUUUGCUGAGCAUGGGAAUAGCUAACCCAGUUACCAGGGAAACCUAUGGCUCCGGCACACAGUACCACAUGCAGCUGGCUAAACAGCUGGCUGGAAUAUUGCAGACACCUUUAGAGGAACGAGGGGGUAUAAUGUCACUCACGGAGGUGUACUGUUUAGUAAACCGAGCUCGAGGAAUGGAAUUGCUCUCACCAGAAGAUUUAGUGAAUGCAUGCAAGAUGCUGGAAGCUCUGAAAUUACCUCUCAGGCUCCGAGUUUUUGACAGUGGUGUCAUGGUAAUUGAACUUCAGUCGCACAAGGAAGAGGAAAUGGUGGCCUCAGCCUUGGAGACAGUUUCAGAAAAGGGAUCACUAACAUCAGAAGAGUUUGCCAAGCUUGUGGGAAUGUCUGUCCUCCUGGCUAAAGAAAGGUUGCUUCUUGCAGAGAAGAUGGGCCAUCUUUGCCGAGACGACUCAGUGGAAGGCUUGCGGUUUUACCCAAAUUUGUUUAUGACACAGAGCUAAGGGUUUUUUGUAUUUGAAAUACUGCUUAUCCAUAUACUUGCAUCAUGUAGAGGUUGUAUGAUAUUGAGCUAAGAGUAAACUCUGAUAAACUGAAAAUUCACUGGAACUUGCAGUAUAAUAUAAAACCCUUUAAAUUUCUUCCUAAUAUUAUGGGGUAGGAAGUUAGGAUUUAGGACGAAUAUAGGAAAAUACAGAAAAAUGAAGGCCAAUGUAAAUUUGAAAUCAUACUACAGUUGUAUAGAAUCCUCAUAGUUUAACUUGAAAUAUGGUGGAUUUUAACUUGAUCAUCAAAUCUAACCAUUUUUAAGAAAGGAAUUUAAUUCGUGGGGUAAGAAAAGGAGAAGUUGCAUGUUUGGACAGGUUAGUUUCUUAUUUUGGUAUAACUAAAAUUCACUGAAUUAUAAACAAGUGAAGUUUUUUUCUGUGUCUGAUGUGCCCACUCUGGGGGUUUUCAUGAAGCAAGUCCUAUGUACAAUAUAGUUUAAGAACCUUGUCACAUUGGAACAAAAUACCAAACUGCAGAGUACCAUAGUAGGCUCCUUCUAAGGCAGGGGUGGGGAACCUUUUUUCUGCCAAGGUCAUUUUGAUAUUUAUAACAUCAUUUGCAGGCCAUACAAAAUUAUCAACUCGAAAAUUAGCUAUGAAAAAAAGCUUCUAGAUUUAUUGAAUUUCAAGUCCCAUGUGCUGUUGCCUUGGCGGGCCAAUCCAAAUGAUUUCAUGGGCCAUAUAUGGCCCUUGGGCAAGACGUUCCCUAUCCCUGUUCUAAGGGCUUUUCUUUAGAAGCAGUCAUAGCAUGUCUUCAGCAGACCAAAUAAAGCACCUUAAAAAAGGAGAGAAUUGUAUUUGACUCACAUAUAAAUUAUCUGACUAGUUUUUUUAAGUGAUGAUUUCAUGCCUGGCAUUUAAAGAAUGCAACUAUGUCAUUUUGUUUAAAAAAUGCUGUGGAUCUUGAAACUGAACUAAAGAGCUGUAUAGACAUGCCCAGAGAUAUGAUUACGAAUUUGGGAAGUAGAUGGCUCAGGAAUUCCCUAGGAUUGUGUGUGGGUGGAGGGGCUGGAAGAACCUUUAACUAGCUUAGGAAGUUGUUGUUUUUUUACCUCAAAGCCAAGGAUGGGAAUAAAAGUGGAAAAGUAAUAUGUCUUCUUUUCCCUCCCUCAAGGAGUUUCACACUGAACUUUUAAAUAUCUUUCUCUCAUAUUCCAGCAAAUUUUUUUUUUUACCCCACACAUGAUAAGUUGUGUAGAGAAACUUCCUGCUAAAAAGUAUUACUGAGGUAACAAAAACUGGCUAAUACUGAAUUUAGAUUGCUUGAGUGUUAAAGUGGACUCCCUGACGUCAUAUGUUCCUGUUAUAUAGCGUACAGUAUGCUGAAAUUACUUCAAACUCAGGGACCCCACAAGCACAGAGGAGACUGUCUUUCUGAGACUGAGUCAGAUGUGGAAGGCAGUGAUGAUUUUUGGCCAAGCCUCCAGAGGCGAUAGUAUCUGUGUUGAGGGAACGAUUGAGACCAGGAGGAGGUAAUACCUGGCUUCACACUUGAGUGCCACUGCCAGAGGCUGCUAUAGGUGCCCUUUGGGAGAGUUGCAGGGUUCCUGAGCUGCAGACCCAGGGAAUCCCUCAAAGUGCACCCAGUCAAUCCCUGAUCCCUCCUGGAAAAGUGGCUGUCGCUGCUUCACAUCCUCCAGUGACUCGGGAAUGUUGUGCCCGAGGCAUCCUGCCUUAGUCUUCAUUUUCCAAACCUGUCACUGAUUCUACAUUGUGAUGACAGAUCCUCUAUUUCCUUUAUUGCUCAGCCUCAGGUUUGUUUUGGGGGAAAUUCAGUGUCUGGCUGCCCAAGUCUUUCAGGCCAUAGUGUAAGCUUGUUUGUAUGUCACUCCUCUCUGGACUGCACAGCUAAGAUUGUUUGAGCUACUGGGAUCUAGCUCUAAUGGUGUGGAUUCAUUACAGCCAGCUCCCAUAAUUCAGCACAUUUGUUUACAUUAGUGUGGCAACACAUUAACAGAAGUGGAGAUCUGAAUUGUAUGCAGUGAACUAAAGAGGCAGUACAGUGACAUAUGAAUAUAUUUUGCAAAAAAAGUUAGUUAAAAAACAAAUAUGAUUGCUUUCAUUGUUUUAUUUUUAUUAUUAU